AUAGAUAUAUUCUAAUUAAUAUUUAUGUAUAUAAGAAGCUAAUAUUUAGUUAUUAUGGUGUUUCGAUUAGGAAAGCUUGUUGCUGUUGUAACUGGUGGGAGUACUGGCCUUGGUCUUGCCACUGCUCAACGAAUUGUUAAGCAAGGUGGAAAAGUAACCAUUAUUGACCGCUCGGAAUCUAGAGGUAUUGAAGCUGUGGAAAAAUUGGGAAAAGAUAAUUGUGCAUUCUGCCCUUGUGAUGUCACAAACACAGAAGAUUUAUCAGAAGCAGUUGAUUUAACAUUAGCAAGAUUUGAUGCUGUGCAUGUACUUGUAAAUUGUGUUGGGACGUCAACAUCCCGUGCAGUAUAUAAUAUUGGUCGCGAUUUACCCCAUCCAUUAGAUUUGUUCCAAGAAAUAUUGGAUACUAAUAUUAUGGGCACUUUUAAUGCCAUUCGCUGCUUUGUACCAGAGAUGGCAAAAAAUGAACCUGACGAAGACGGCCAGCGAGGUGUGAUUAUUAAUACCUCUAGUACCUUUGCAUUCUGUGGUCAAAGAAGCCACAUUUCUCAUUCAACUAGUAAAGCAGCUGUUGCUGCUAUGACUUUGCCUCUUGCGAGAGAAUUAGGCAAGCAAGGAAUCAGAACUGUCGCCAUUGCUCCUGGAUAUUUCAGUACUCCAAAUAUUAUGACAAUUCCUGAGAAUAUUCAGAAGUUGAUUUCACAUCAAAAUCUAUACCCAAGUAGAUUAGGUAAUCCUGAUGAAUAUGCUAUGUUAGCACAGUCUAUCAUUGAGAACACAUUUAUCAAUGGCACUAUUAUAAAAUUAGAUGGUGCCUUGAGAUCUCUAUAUUCGUAAUAGCCUAGCUCAGCAGUUCCCAAACUUUUUGUUCGCGCGGCGCCAUUUUUAUCAGAGAAAAAAACUCACGGUGCACUUACACGAAAAAAAAAUGCUGCCUCCAAACAAAACUCAAUUUUGUGAUCGUUAAUGUGUACUUUAUGUCUUUCAAAGUUUGUAAACAUGUGGGUCUAUGCAAUAUCAUUUGAAAUGCUGAAAAAAUCACUCAUGUUCGCUAAACUCGAUUCAGCAGUUAAAAGGAAUGUAGAUCACGAAAUUCCAGCAAAUAGUGGUUACCUAUAUUGUUACGUAACGGCAGACAAUAAGUAACACAAAGUAAACGACAUGGAAAUGUGAAAUGAAUUUAUUGAUUCAUAUGCACAGCAUUUGGAAGAAGAAACAAUUGAACAUUUAAAAUAAAUACAAUAUAAUAUUCAAUCAUAUUUCAGUUAUGUUCAUCACAAUUCUGUUAGUUUUCGCGGCGCACCCAGCAACUCGUCACGGCGCACCUUUUGGGAACCGCUGGCCUAGCUGUUGAAGCGCAGCAGUGUUAGCAUAGAAAAUUUGUGUUCAAAUCCCAAUAUUCCGGUUCUUAAAUAGUAAGUCCUCACAUAUAGUUAGAUAUCAAUGGCUGCUUGUACAAGGCCUUGGUCAAAUCAACAUGCAUGAAUAAAUGUCAUAUAAAAAAAAUUUUACACACUCGAUGCAUCCAUUCAAAGUGAAUAUAUUAUGUGUGGUAAUUGAUAAUUCACAUACUAUAUGAUUUUGAAAUUUAAAAUCCAUGAACGUGUCGUGUCGUCUGUUCAUUCUGCGAUAAAAAUUAAAAAUUAUUUCCAUAUCUUGAACUCAAUCAACCAAAUCUAUUUCACUUUAUACUGUUUGAAUGUGGCUUAAUUUUCAAUUGUGUGUGCUUGAAUUCCUUUGAUACUGCCAAUUAAUCUUUUUUAUUUCCACUGCUAUUUUUCUUUAGA